CCGUGCGCGUGCGCGGCCGGGGAUGCGCCGGGACGAGCGGCCGGGCCCGGCUCCGGCUCCGGCUCCCGCCACCGGUAACCGCCCGCCGCGGGCCGGGCAGCGUCGGGACCGCCGCCGUAACCACCGGUAACCGCCCGCCGCGGGCCGGGCAGCGUCGGCACCGCCGCCGUAACCACCGGUAACCGCCCGCCGCGGGCCGGGCAGCGCCGGGACCGCCGCCGUAACCACCGGUAACCGCCCGCCGCGGGCCGGGCAGCGUCGGGACCGCCGCCGGCAAACGCCCGCCGUGGGAGGAGUGGCGUCGCGGUGCUUGGUAACCAGGCCGGGAGAAGCGGUAGCCGCGCAGCCCCGCCGCACCGCCGGGAGAUAACUAAGAUGCACUUCCAGUGGGACUGGCUGUGGUUGGGUGUCCUGAUAAUUAGCUCAGUGACUUCAGGAAUGGAAAACGAAGAAAAUCUGGAUGCAGAUGUUGAACUGGAGAAUUUUGACAAGAAGUCCCAAGAAGCUGAUGUUGACAGAGAUAAAUCUUCUCUAGAGGUUGUGUACCAGACUCCAAAGCCAACUGGGGAAGUGUAUUUUACAGAAACCUUUGAUGAAGGAUUAUCAGGGUGGGUGUUGUCUGUAACUCUGAAAGACGACAUGGAUGAUAACAUUGCUAAAUAUGAUGGAAGAUGGGAAGUAGAAGAGCUGAAGGAAAACGCAAUGCCUGGAGACAGAGGAUUAGUGUUAAAAUCAGUGGCAAAGUAUCAUGCAAUAUCAGCAAUGCUAGCAAAAGCAUUUGUUUUUGAUGAUAAACCUUUGAUUGUUCAAUACGAAGUGAAUUUUCAAAAAGGCAUUGACUGUGGUGGUGCAUAUAUUAAACUUCUCUCCAGUAGCAAUGACUUGAAUCUGGAAUACUUUUUUGACAAAACACCUUACACUAUUAUGUUUGGACCAGAUAAAUGUGGAGAAGAUUACAAACUACACUUUAUCUUCAGACAUAAGAAUCCUAAAACUGGAGAAUAUGAUGAAAAACAUGCUGAACGUCCUGAUGUAGACCUAAAAAAAUUCUAUUUGGACAAGAAGACACAUCUGUAUACUCUUGUGCUGAAACCAGAUGACACGUUUGAAAUAUUAAUCGACCAAACAGUUGUUAGUAAAGGAAGUCUUCUUGAGAAUAUGAUUCCUCCAGUAAAUCCUUCCAAAGAAAUAGAGGAUCCUACUGAUAAGAAGCCUGAUGAUUGGGAUGAGAGACCAAAAAUACCUGAUCCAAAUGCUGUCAAACCAGAUGACUGGGAUGAAGACGAACCUGCCAAAAUAGAAGAUCCUGAUGCUGUUAAGCCUGAGGGGUGGCUUGAUGGUGAACCACAGUAUGUUCCAGACCCUAAUGCAAAAAAGCCAAAGGACUGGGAUGAAGAAAUGGAUGGGGAGUGGGAAGCCCCUCAGAUCCGUAAUGCAAAAUGUGAGGCUGCACCAGGUUGUGGAGAGUGGGUGCGUCCCAUGAAGAAUAAUCCAAAGUAUAAAGGAAAAUGGAGAGCACCUAUGAUAGAUAAUCCUAAUUAUCAGGGAAUCUGGAGCCCUCGGAAAAUACCAAACCCAGACUAUUUUGAAGAUCUUCACCCAUUCAAGAUGACUGCUGUCAGUGCUAUUGGUUUAGAACUGUGGUCUAUGACAUCUGAUAUCUACUUUGAUAACUUCAUCAUAUGUUCAGAAAAAGAAGUAGCAGAUCGCUGGGCAGCAGAUAGCUGGGGCUUGAAGAAAUUAGUAGCAAGUGCUAAUGAGCCUGGUAUGUUUAGUCAGUUGGUGACUGCUGCAGAAGAACACCCAUGGCUCUGGGUUCUUUACAUCUUAACUUUAGCUCUCCCUGUUGGUCUAAGUGUGUUGUUCUGCUGGCCAGGAAAGAAAUCAGAUGAAUAUAUUGACUUCAAAAAGCCUGAUGUAUCUAAGCAAAUUACAAAGGGAGAACUAAAAGAAGAGAUAGAGGAGUUUGAGGAUGAUGAACUGGAAGAGGAAAAAGAAAAUGAAGAUACUGAUGAAGAUGAGAGAAGAGAAAUGUUGGAGACAAAAAAAGAACUUAAAAAGGAUAAUACAAAGAAGAUGGGAAGGGAGGCUCCUCUUUCAGAAGUUGAAGGUGAAGGUGGUGAAGAUAUUUAUGAUGAUGAAGAAGAAAAUGAAGUUCCAGGUGAAGAAGAAAAUGAAGUUCCAGAUGGAAGUCAAGAAGGUGAUAGGUCAAAUAAAUCUGAUUCAGAAGAUGAGGAGAAAGAAGCUGAUGAAGGAAUGGGAGAUCGUCCACUGAAAUCAGUGCGCAAAAGAAGAGUACGAAAGGACUGAGUUAUUUCCAGCUGGUGUUUGCAGGUCUAGAGACAGUGAUGGUAACUUUUGGUGUGCCAUUUUAGCGGGCCUGGCAAAUUCCUGAGCUUUGAUAGGAAAAGGAGGGGCUCAUUGCUGUUUAACCUCCUAUUUUAAUUCUCUGGCCUCUUUAACAAUCCCAAACUUCCUCAAUUCCCUUUUUCUAAGGAGAAAUGCUAUCUGUGAAGAGUUAGCUGGUAUUUAAAAUUCAAAAUAAAAAGGAAAUUACAAGCUGACUGAUUUUUAUGUGAAGAUUCUUAAGAUUUGCAGUUUCUUAGAAAUUAGUAUUUAGUUGGAGAUAAACUUACUCUAAAUAUUUUUAAAUAAAUGCAUUAUAAUACUUUUGUAGCUCUAGCACAAAAUAAGCUGUUUACAGUUUUCAGCUUAAAGAAGAUGGUAGUACAGAUGUAGCAUCUAUAGCAGUUCACAUUGCUGUGAGAAAAGGUAUUAUUUUCUGUGCAGAGCUAAAUGCAAUAAUUGUUUUUGUAUGAUGAUUUCGUGCUAGCAACAAUUUUUAUUGUAAAUUAUUUAUUUUAGUUGAUCUUGUUACAUGGGAGGCGAUCUGUUCACUUUAGGCAUUGGUUGCAGUAAUUUAUUUUCAAGAUAUAUUUUAAAAUAGAAUACAAGUGGUAAUUGUGAUUUGUUUUACUCUUGAAGGCAGAUAUCAAAUCUGCAGGUCAUAUACAGAUGAUUUUUUCAAACUUUUAUAGUUCUUAUGUUCCAAACCAGAGUGGUAUAACCUAUUUAUAGAAUACUUGCUAAGUGUAUAUUGUCACCUAAAAAUAUGUAUUAAUUCUUGCUUAAUAUGAAAUUUAUUAAUAUAGAUAAGAAUUUUUGAUGGAUUAAGAUUUUUACGAUGUGAGUAAUUUGGGUAUACUCAUAGUUUAAAUAAACUGCUUAUUGUAAAGAAACAUUGUUUCAUUGAAGUUCAGCUGUAUAUUAAACAAUAAAAUUUCACUCACCAGAAACCUUUUGGCAGCUGCCUGUAGUAGUAGUAGAAUGUGUAAAUGCUAGUGAAACUAGUUAUACAUUACAAACUAAGUAGAAAUACAUUAAUUCAUUAAUUCAUAAAUUAAUUCAUAAAGAAUCUAACAGAUUUUCUUGUGCCUGUCAUAAAACUUGUCUGCUUUAAAAAGAAGCAUUUUCACAGCAGAUUCCAUGGAAGUCUCUAAGAAAUGAAUGCUUAACCCUAAUGAAGAAGCCAAUGUCCUCAAGUGCUUGUUUUGAAGUGUUCAAAAGUUAAUUAUAUUUGACUUCUAUUUGGCGUGACUUACAUGGAAAUGUCUCUUGUUUUUUGUUUAAUUUGGGACUUUUGUGUCUUUUUAAAAAUUACUUGCAAGUUCCCAUCUCUUUAUUUAGGGCCUCCAUGCAAAAGGUAAGAAGACUCCAGAUUACUCCUCAGCAAUAGAUAGAAGCUUUUACCAGUUUAGUGUCCUGCUGACAAUAGUUACUGUGAGCUGUUGGAGCUCAUCUUUUAAAUGAAUUAUAUUAUUUCAGCUCACCUUUGAAAUGAAUUAUGUCUGAGUCUGAUAGAAGUCCUUUGGAAUUGUUAGAGCAUUUGCAUGUCCUGGGGGUCAGGUUUAUUCAUUUGCUUAGGGGUUUUGGAGGGUUUUGCUUCUCUGACGUGUGAUACUUACUCUAGUUACUAUUGUUUCUUUGAUGUGAUUUAGUUACUCCAGGGAUUGGUCACCCCAUGGGGAAUGCUCAUCUUCCCUUAGGGUUUUGAAUUUAGUUUCCCCUAAAGCAUUGAUUGAUGCCCCAUCAGCUUUGAUCACCUAGAAUCUAGAGAUAGCACACAUCCUUCUGUACAUCAACUUACUUGGAUCUAGAUUUAUGCUGGUAAUUAGAGGAGAAAUACCAGAGAUGUUGAGGAUUUAAGGCACUAGAGGUAGAGAGCCAGGCAAAAGGGCAACUCUGUUCAUUGAUACAAUGCAACAGUGAGAUUUCACCCACACUUUCUGUGCACUGUCCAUUUUUAUCUGAACAGGUAUUUCAGGAAACAUGCUUCAUCUUGCU